GAUAUUUCUUGUUGACAUUGAUUUGGAAAUUAGUGGAUGUUCACCUGUUUGCAAAAAAAAUAAUCGAAAACAUUUCCCGCAAAAACAUAACGUUUGUUUUAUACCAAUGAAAUAUUUUUUCAUUUGCAAUUGUAAACUGAGGAAAAGGCGCCACUUUUAGCUUACACUUGUCAUGAGUUCCAAACGCAAGAAGGUCUCCACUGGAGACAAUGAACAGCAAAAACUGAGCAAAAAGCAAAGAACAGUGGAAGCAGAUGAUGGAGAAGUCCCUUCCACUUCUCACGCAGAAAGCAGUGAAGAGCAGGAAACAGAAGAUGGGGGAACUGUAAUUUACAGACGCUCCCAAACGUCUGGUCCGAGAGUUGAGGAAGAUAUGGAGGAGGAGUCUGUGGUGGAUCUCAGUCAGAACCCAGGAUUUAAUGUGGAGGGUGACGAUAGUGCAAUGUGUGGAAUCAUAGAGAAGAUUGAGCUGAAGAACUUCAUGUGUCACCCAAGACUGAGCAUUAACUUUGGUCCAGCAAUCAACUUUAUAGUGGGACACAAUGGAAGUGGAAAAAGUGCUGUGAUCACUGCCCUAGUGGUUGGUUUGGGAGGCAAGGCUUCAGUGACAAACAGGGGCACCAAGAUGAAGGGGUUCAUCCUUACUGGAAAACAGACUGCUGAGGUGGAGAUAAGGCUACGCAAUCAGGGUCAAGACGCGUUUAUGCCAAAGGCGUAUGGAAGGACGAUCAUUAUCAAUCGCAAGUUCAACAGUGAUGGAACCUCCCAGUACAAGCUCAAGGGUCACAAUGGCAAAGUUGUGUCCACUAAAAAGGACGACCUGAUGCGUAUCCUGGACCAGUUCAACAUCCAGGUUGAGAACCCUCUAGCCAUCCUGAACCAGGAAACCAGCAGAAACUUCCUGAAUUCAAAGAGUACCAAUGACAAAUACAGGUUCUUCCUGAAGGCGACUCAGUUGGAACAGAUCAAGGAGGACUAUGAAAGAGCUGAUGAACACAAGAACAGGACAAUAGAGAUCAUCAAUGAUAAAGUUGGGAUGAUGCCUAAGCUGGAGGCAGAGAUCCUUGCACUGGAGCGCCAAUUUAAGGCCCUCACCGCUGUCGAUGACCUGAAAACCAAGGCUCAAAGAUUGAGACAUGAGCUCGCAUGGGCGUUCAUCAUUGAAAAGGAAAAGGGUAUGGAUCCAUUGGUAAAAGAAAAGAACCAUGAGGAGGCUCGACUGCCCUCAUUCAAACAACAUGCUGAAGAUGCCAAGAGAAAACUAGAUGAAGUUAACACCCGCAUGAAUGAAAUGACUUCCCGACUGUCAGCCAGUGGGGGAGAUGUUAAAUCAUUGCAGCCAAAGUUAAAUGAGGCAAAAGCAGAUCUAGCAGAGCAAAAGAAAACCUCCAGAAACGCACAGCUGGAAGUCAAGAGGCUGGAGGGAGCUGUAAGGUCCAGCAAGAAGGAGGAGCAAGAAAUCCUCAACAGGAUCAAAGAGAUUCAGUCAAGUGCCAAGCACGACUACGAGGCUGAAAGGCAGGCCCGGCAGCAGAAGGUAUCAGAGCUAGAGGCCCAGCUGGCUGGUUUGGAGGCUGAGGAGAAGACCACUGACCACAUGGUGGACCAGCACAGGAGCUGUGUGACCAAGUACAGGAAUGACCAGUUCAAACUCAAUCAGGAAAGCCAGACAUUGCAGACCCAGCUAGCCAAAAACCAGCGUAACCUGCAGGCAAUGAAGGCCUCCCAAGGCAACAGACUGCGCCGCUUUGGGCCCCAGAUCCCGGACCUUAUCAAGGCCAUAGACCAGGCCCAUGCACAGGGACGCUUCCAUAAGAAGCCUAUAGGACCAAUUGGGGCCUGCUUCACCCUGAAAGACAACAAGUGGGCGCUGCCCGUGGAAUGCUGCUUGAAGGGCCUGAUGAAUGCGUUCUGUUGCCAUGACUACCAAGACGAGAAGGCCCUGGAGCAGAUCAUUCAGAGUGUGUGCCCGGGGAACAAGAUCACCAUCAUCACCAGCAGGUUUAAGGAUCAAGUGUAUGACACUAAAACCAAGGGAGCAGACACACGGCAGUACCCAUCUGUUCUAGACAUGAUCCAAUCAGACGAGCCCAUGGUGUAUAAUACACUUAUUGACCAGCAAACAGUGGAGUGUGUGUUGCUUAUAGAAGAUGGACGGACGGCCCGACAAGUCAUGGAUCCUGAAAAGAACCCCCCUAGAAAUGCCAGACAGGCUUUCACUCUGAACGGUGACCAGGUUAUCAGUCAGCCCACAUUCCGCUACUACUCCAGUAACCAAGACAAGGUCAAAUACUUGACGACCAAUGUAGAGGAUGAUAUUGCAGCUAUUGAGGCAGACAUUGUCAACUUACAGAAGAAGGUUGGUCAGAUGCGUCAGACGUCCACCCAGCUGGAGGGGGACAUUCAGUCCAACCAGCAGCUAGAAAGGAAGGGAUCCACGCAGCUCAUGAAGAUACGGGACAAGAAGAGGAAAAUAACCAUGGAAAUCACAGAACUGAAGAACAUUGAAGAUCCAGCACCUGUUGAUGUAGCAACUUAUGAGGAGGAGGUGAAGCUGUUACGUCAGCAGAUUGAGGCCAACGAGGCCCAGCUCCUUGUGAAGCAGACGGUCUACAGAGAACAGGAGGAAGUGCUCAAGGAGGCUGAUGACAAGUUUAGGAAGAUCGAGACUGAAGUGAAGUCCAAGAUUGGAGCAGCAGACCAGAUCAAGGAGGAAGUGGGGGUGAUUGUCAGUCAGUUGGAGGAAUGCAAGAGGCACAAAAAGCAUUAUGAUGCCAAACUGAAAGAACAGGAGCUUAAAAUCAGAGACGUGAAGGACAGGAUUGUAAAGUACCAACAGGAAAUUGAUGAUGACAUUGCCAAGGCGAAGGAAAUCCACGAGGAGAGGAUCACCACAAGGCGAGGCUCUCGUAACCUUGGCAACGAGAUCGCUCAGAUAGAACGACAGAUCAAGGCUCAGGAAAAACAACACGGUGAUCCAGCAGAAAUAGGCCGACAGUACAAAGAAAAGCGGGACUCAUUCACAAAAAUUCGUAAAGAAGUUCAUCAGCUGAAAGCAUUUUGUGAAAGUCUUGACGUAGCCAUGUCAAAGAGGUUUGAUCGCUACUCAGAAUUCCGGCGGUAUAUCGCUCUGAGAAUCAAGACGUUCUUCGCAAUGUUCCUCAAUGAAAGAGGCUACAGUGGCAAGAUAACCUUCAGCCACAAGGAGGGCACACUGGAUAUGAUUGUUCAUCCCACAAAGUCAGGCAAGGACGAAGGCAACAAGGAUCUGCGCUCCCUGUCGGGCGGUGAACGUUCCUUCUCCACAAUCUGUCUCAUCCUGGCCCUGUGGAAGAGCAUGGAGUGCCCCUUCAGGUGCCUUGACGAGUUUGAUGUCUUUAUGGAUAUGGUGAACAGGCGCAUAUCUAUGGAGAUUCUAAUGAACACAGCCAAGGAGGCCAAGGAUCGACAGUUCAUAUUUCUCUCUCCUCUAAACAUGAGUAACCUGGGUAUCAGCUCUAACAGAAUGAGGAUCUUUGAGAUGCCAACACCUGAAAGGGGUCAGCAGACCCUAGACCCUGACCCCUGAAAUGGAAUGGGAACCUGAAUUUUACUUAAACUUGCACAUGUGAAGGUCUUAAGAAACGUGAUGGGACACCUUGGUUAUAAAUUAAUGCUUGGACCA